UUGACACUGACAUCGAAUUUUGCUUCUUGAAUUUGGGCCAAUUUUUUAGUUCAAAAUUUUUUUGAAUAAUCGUGGCGGUUGAAUGAAAUAUUUUUACAAAUGAAAAUAAAAUUAAAAACUUACAUGAUUAAACAAUGACCUCUAAAACCUGCUAAUAAGAAAAGCAAUGGCUCUAAAUAACUGGAAAAAGCUUGAAAACGAGGCCGGGUAUCCAUAUUAUGUAGAUGAAACAACUGGUAAGCAGCAAUAUGAUCAUCCACAAUUCGAGAAGAUUAUGGAAUCUCUGACGGAAUAUGAUGAUAUUAAGUACAGUGCUUACAGGAUUGCUUUCAAGAUUUAUGCUUUGCAAACACAACUAGAAGUGCCACCACUACGAAUCAGCUCCGGAGUGUUUGCUCGCCAUCAGCUCAGCUUAUCUGAAAGCAGUCUGUCCUUGGACACCACGGAACUGGAAGCAGUUCUUGCCGACAUCUAUUUUGCUGCUGAGAAAGAAGGAGUGUUCACUGGGGAUGUGGAUUUAGCUGUGGAUUUGUUGAUCAAUUUGUUGCUCAAUGUAUAUGAUAAGGAAAGAAAAGAGCCAGUGAGAGUUCUCUCUGUGAAGACGCUGCUGAUAAUUCUCAGCAAAGAGUCCACUGCUGACAAGUGGUCAGCUUUAGCUAACUCCUGUGCUGACCACAAUGGUUGUGUGUCUCCAAGGAGGCUGUCAGUUCUCAUGUCGCAAGUGUCAGCCCUGCCACAGUAUCUAGGAGUGCCUUGUGAUGUAACUCAGCUAGAUAUUGAUUCAUGUUUUGACAAGAGCGCGGGCAUGCUAGGCGUGUCGUCCGCCGCUUGCGCGGAGUGGGGUCUGUCGGCGCGCGCGCCGCGCUGGCCGGCGCUGCUGCAGCGCGUGCUGGCCAGCAGGAACUGCGCGCACAUCACGCAGCACUGCUCUCUCUGUCUGCAGCCGCUCAUACAGGUACUCAAGUUUAAAUGCUCGAAAUGCAACGAGGUGUACUUUUGUGAGAAAUGCUAUUUGUACAACAAGGACUUGUCUCCAGUCAGCGGACAUAAGAAGUCUCAUGUGGUACAUGAGAUUGUUGACGGAGAGAUAAAACCGCCGGAAUGUCUAAGUUUCAUCCGCGGUAUGAAGCGAUUCUUCUUCUGCACGCGGACGAAAAAGAAGAAGCUGUCGAAAAAGAGCUCUAAGAAGAGUGUGGAUAAGGUUGAGAAUCCCGUGAAGCGGCGGCGGGACGGCCGGCCUGCCAUGGUGACCUCCACAGUGGGCAAGGCAUCAGGAAAUAAUGCCAGUAACCCCACGUCUAUGCUACAGGAUAUUAUAACGCAAUUGGAAGUUCAGAACAAAGCUUUGGAGGAGCUGUCAACUCAGCUACAGAGUAUAAAGAAAGAGUCGGUGGAUGAUGAGCUCAAGAUGAAGGUGGAAGCGCACUGGCACCAGAUAUCCAUGCAGAUCAACAGGCUCAAGAUAUUGAAAGAAAACUUGUCAACCAGUCCACAAAACCAGCCGUCAGAAACUCAAAAAUCAGAAAAGAAUGAUCGUCCCCAAGCCUUUGAUCUCUUCAGUCCGAUCCCAGUUCUAGACGACAAGCAGUCCAAAGUAUCAGAUACAAUGAAGAACCAACCAAGGGUACUCAGCAUGGAUUCUGGAAACUUUUCAGUUGUAUCCAAACAUACGGACAGCCAGAAUUUGAUGACCAUGUCCGGAGAUGCCUUGAAACCCGUUGUGGUACAUGCAACGUCUGAUAGCAUAUCCACCGUGUCUAUGAAUGAUAUUAGCAAUUGGUAUAAUAAUGAAACAGAAUCUACGGCUAUCGACAAAAGUCGUUGUAAAGUGAGGAACCAAUCGAUAUCGGCCACGGAGCGCAAGUACGCGGCCGACAUCAGGAGCGUGGAGACCAGCAACGACAAGAUGAAGGAGCUCAACGCCGACCUGGACACCGUCCUCGACCGCCUGCAGCAGAUAUUGACCAGUAACUUUACUAUGGAUGACUCGUGUUUCGACAACACGCAACUGCGCGAGACCGCAAACGAAAUGGAGGGUCUGCUGGGGUCCCUCAUCCGCGGCGUGGAGCAGCGCGCCACGCUGGGCGCACACGGGCUGGUGUAGCUUUACGUUACUACUUAAAGCCUCGCGCACACGGCCGUUUUUUCAACGCGCGUUUAAAAACGUUGAUGUCGUCGUCAGUCUGGAAUGGAAUAUUGUCAAUUCAAGGUCUAUAAAGAGUAGAUAACGGAUGUUUAACGAUUACAUUUUGUAGGUCGAGAUUAGUUGAUCACAAUGUUGUUAGGCAAGAAGUCAUAUAUUCUCUACUUUAUAGACGAGCGAAUAUAUAAGCGAAUAUUGUCGCAUUUUAAGCGUUGUGCAUUGGACUGGACGAUAGGUUUAUGUUCGAAAUGCGCCUAUCUCGGUAGCUUGUGUACGCCCGUGCGAAUGUGGUGUUAGUUUUACAACGAUCAUAAUAAAAAAAAAGAUGAGGUUGCCAACCUAUUGAGCUUAGGUGUUUAGUAUUGUUAUUCUAUUGUGGCGAAGUUAGUACAUUUUUUUACCGCGCUCAAUUAUACUGAAGAGUUCACACGACUUCAGUUGAUAGUGAAAUAAAUAAAAAUAUUAAAUUUUAAAAUAGAAAGGUCCGAAGAUAUUGCUCGAAUCUAUGAACAAAAUUUUACUCAAGAAAAAUCAUAACCACUGUUUUUUUUUAUCGUCUUUAAAUUGUAAUUUUAGUUAUAUAUUUCUGAUAGGAUAUUGAAUAUACCUACGUCUAUUUAAAAAGCCAUUACAGAAUCUAAAUAUGGUACUUAAAUAUGUGUAAAAAAAUAAUUUGAACAUAAGUAUUUUCAGAUUGUUUAGUAUAUUUAUGACUACACUUAUACCACCGAAAAAAGGGAUAUUAUCCAUAUAGAACAAAACCAACAUGAAAAUAAUCGAAAUGGUUGUGAAUACAUAUGGUUAGUGACAUUGUCUUUAUGUACUUUUGUUUACAGGGGAUCCUGAUGAACAGAGGAGUUCACGAGGAUCCCCCGGGGGAUCGAGUUAGGGGGACUGACGAAAUGUGUAAAAAUGUGUUUUCCUUGAACUUAUUAGAGAAUAAACUAUUUUAGUCUAUAUUUUAAACGGUUUUUAACUAACUUUGAAAAUAAUAAUAAUUAUUUUCAUCUCAUUUUUAUUUUCAAAACUUUGAAAUGAACCGUUCCGUCCUUGUAGAAGUAAGUAGUGUAGUAAACUGGUUCUAUAAUGAGACAUGUAGGGCUAUCUUGAAUGUUUGCGCGAGAAUGUAGUAUCGACGAUGUCAAAAUUUAUAGGGAAAAAUAGAUUCCUUUUACGCACAAUAUAAUAAGCACAAAAAUAAACUCGGUUUUUUCUUACAAGUCUUAUUAUUUAAACUUUAAACAAUCUUACCAUGUCUGUUUUUUAUUUUACUAACAAAAUAAAUUUAGGAAAUUACUUUCGUGGUUGUUACAUUUUACUUUAGAAUGUACUAGCGGCCCGUCCCGGCUUCGCUCGUGUAAAAACAUAAUAAAUUAUACACCUAAACCUUUCUCUGGAAACACACUAUCUCUUGGUGAAAACAGCAUGAAAACCCAUGCAUCAGUUUUUGAGGUUAUUGCGGACAGACAGACAGACGCGGCAGUGGACUUUGUUUUAUAAUAUGUAAGGAUACGUUUGACCUAAUACUUGACUUGUUUUCAACAUAAUAAUUAGUGUGAAGAUUGUUUACAUGUUAGGACACGUAAGAAAAAAUCGGACUGUAGUUGCGCUGUUAAUUUUUUUCCAUAUACAUUUUGUCAAUGUCGAUAUACACGUGCUGGCUUCACUGAAUAUGAUACAUAGGUUAAGACAAGUUAUAAAGUUUUGUUAACGUUAUACUGUUAUCCAGAUACUAAAUUUUUAUAUUACUUAUAGAGAUUGUAAGAUCUGAAUAUAGAUUUAAGGAAAGUGUUCGUAUUGCACCGAAAAAUUCGGUGCUUUAUUUAGAAAAUAAGUAUGAUGCUUCAAUCGUGAGUCUAACCAUAAUACGUAUGGGAUCAGGAACCUUAAUAGAUCUGACGCAAAAAAAAAACAUAUUUAGAAAAAUAACAUGCCAUAUAUUUUAUAAAAUUUACAAUAUAUCGCCGUGCUUAAA